CCAACUUCGAGUUGCAACCCAAACUGAAGGCGGUGCUGAGGCAGGGGUUGGUGAAAGCUGCUAAAACCACUGGUGCUUGGAUCUUCACGGCAGGAACGAAUACAGGUGUGAUGCGUCAUGUGGGAGAAGCCUUGGUCAAUGAACGGACACCUCGCCUCAGGGGUCGGGUGCUGGCCAUUGGAAUAGCGCCCUGGGGUAUCAUAGAUAAUCGAACUGAUCUCAUAGGAAAAAACAUCACUGUGCCAUACCAUAGCAUUUCCUCGCCCAAAAGCCGGUUCGCUGUCCUAAAUAAUCAUCACUCGUAUUUCAUCCUGGUAGAUAAUGGAACAGUUGGCAAAUACGGCGCCGAAAUCGCCCUCCGGAAGAGACUUGAAAAGUAUAUAUCGCAGCAGAAAAUAUACACACGGGCAGAGAUGGAGGCGUGCGGUGUGCCUGUCGUGUGCGUCGUCGUGGAGGGAGGACUGAAUACGAUCCGCACCGUGCUGGAGUACGUAACAGACACUCCCCCGGUUCCUGUGGUCAUCUGCGACGGCAGUGGACGAGCGGCGGACCUCUUGGCAUUUGCACACCGUUACAUGCAUGAUGAUGACACUUUACUGGAAGACGUAAAAGAACAGCUCCUUAUGACAAUCGAAAGGACUUUCCACCUGACACGGGACAAUGCUGAGAAGCUACAUUGCGAGCUCAUGCAAUGCGUCCGAAGAAAAGACUUAAUAACUGUCUUUCGAAUGGGCGAGGGACCGUGCCAGGAAUUGGAUCAAGCAGUUCUUAUUGCUCUUCUCAAAGGUCAUCACAUGCCAGCUCCAGACCAACUGCGACUAGCCCUCACUUGGAAUCGAGUGGACAUCGCAAGGAGUGAGAUUUUUGUCUACGGACAAGAGUGGCCUCCCGGAGCUCUGGAACAAGCCAUGAUGGACGCUUUGGUAAUGGACAGUGUAGAUUUUGUCAAACUGAUGCUAGAAAAUGGCGUCAGCAUGCAUAAAUUUCUCUCCAUACCAAGGCUUGAAGACCUCUACAACAGCCGUACUGGCCCAAAUAAUACGCUGCAGUAUUUAGUAAGAGAUGUUCGAAAGAACAUCCCCAGGCUUUAUCGAUACACCCUGUACGACAUCGGGCUCAUUAUCGAGAAGCUGAUGGGAGGAGCUUACAGGUCCUCAUACUGCAGGAGAAAAUUCAGACACCUGUACAAUAACGUGAUGAGGAAAAUCAUUGCUACUCCAACGCUGAGCCAGACUAUCAACACAAAUACAAUAAACUCCCCUUGCGAGACGGCCUGUCUACGAGAUUUACGGUUCAACUACCCCUUCAACGAACUCUUGUUGUGGGCAGUUUUGACCAAUCGCCAGAAGAUGGCACUUUUCAUGUGGCAGAAUGGAGAAGAGGCCAUCGUUAAGGCUCUGGUGGCAUGCAAGCUGUACAAGGCUAUGGCUCAGGAAGCGGCCCAGGACGACAUGGAAGCAGAUGUGUGCGAGGAAAUGAGGAACAAUGCGAGGGAGUUUGAAAACUUGGCACUAGACCUGCUGGACUACUGUUACCGGUCUGAUGUGCACAUCACUCUGCAAUUGCUGACAUAUGAACUGCAGAACUGGAGCAAGCAUACAUGCCUAGGAAUAGCUGUAGCUGCCAAGCACAGCGCCUUUCUUGCCCACACAGCGUCUCAGAUGCUGGUAGCCGAUCUCUGGAUGGGAGGGCUCAGGACUCGAAAGCACACAAAUUUAAAGGUGAUAGUGGGUCUGCUGUUCCCCAUAACCAUCCUAUAUCUGGAGUUCCGCAGCAGAGAAGAGCUGCAGCUGAUGCCUCAGACAGAAGAGGAGCACAAUCUAGAAUUGGCCGAGAUGGACGAGGAAGUCGAGGGCACUGGCGAAAAAGAAAAGAUGGUCAGGCUGACUCCCAGACCUAUUAGGGAACAGAGGGAGUCGUACGUGACGAUCCGUUCGGGCAGUAUCUGCAACUCGAGUACUCGCAUCAAUAAGAUCGAGAACGGCAAGAUUUUCCCCUUCGACAUCAGCCUCGACAGCGACAAAGACCGACUCAAGAACAAGAGGAAGAACCUCAAGCUAGGGAAGAAGAUCUACGAGUUUUACGGGGCGCCCAUCACUAAGUUCUGGGGACACACGAUGGCAUAUGCCGUAUUUUUGGUGUUCUUCACGUACGUUGUGCUCGUGCGAAUGGACCCACAAAUGUCUUGGCAAGAGGCAUACGUCACUUCGUACAUCUGCACACUGGGGCUGGAGAAAAUCAGAGAGGUUGUGGCUUCAGAACCAGUGAAUUUUGCUCAGAAACUUGCUGUGUGGAUAGAGAAAAAAUGGAAUCCUUGCGAUCUCGUGGUCAUCAUCUUCUUUCUAGUGGGAAUGUCCCUAAGGUUGAACCCAGCAACCCAGGACUAUGGUAGAGUCAUCUAUUGUCUCGACAUCAUGUACUGGUACAUACGUUCUCUGGACUUCCUUAGUGUAAAUAAGUAUCUAGGACCUUACGUCACCAUGAUAGGAAAAAUGGUCAUCGACAUGAUCUACUUCGUGGUUCUGUUGCUAGUAGUGUUAAUGAGCUACGGAGUGGCCAGACAAGGCAUACUGAAUCCAGACGAAGAACCCUCAUGGGUACUGGUGCGCCGCAUUUUCUACAUGCCUUAUUUCAUGCUGUACGGAGAAGUAUUUGCAGACAAGAUCGAUCCUCAGUGCGGCGAUGGAAAAGGUCAGAUUCCUUGUCGACCAGGAAUGUGGAUCAACCCAGCGAUCAUGGCCAUUUACCUGUUGAUUGCCAACAUUCUUCUAGUCAAUCUACUCAUAGCAGUUUUCAACAACAUCUUCUUCGAGGUGAACAACAUGUCCCAGGAAGUAUGGAAAAGCCAGCGUUUCAAGGUGGUUAUGGAGUACGAACAAAAACCACUCCUUCCGCCCCCUCUGAUCAUCUUCUCUCAUAUCCACUUGCUCGGAAAGUACCUCCUCACUCGGUGCCAGGGGAAAGAGGACUCCUUCGACCACGGACUCAAGCUUUUCCUAUCGGAGAGUGACGUGCAGAACAUCUAUGACUUCGAAGAAGAAUGUGUCGAAGGAUACUUCAGAGAAAAGGAAACUCAGCUCCAUAUGUCCACGGAGGAGCAAGUGCGAUUCACCACCGAAAGGGUGGAAAUGAUGUCUCAAAGGGUGGAAGAUAUAAAUCAUCGCGAAAAAGAAUCCAGCGCAUGCAUCAAAACCUUAGAAUUCCGCCUCACCAAGUUGGAAGAUUUGGCAGAACAAACAGCUGCUUCGCUGGCUGUCAUCCAUCGAUAUAUCGUCACAUCCAUGGCAGAACCCUCUUCGGGAAAACUACCCACCACGUUUUCUCACAGAACCAUGUCUUCAAUCUGUGACGAGUCCGAACCAUCAGAUGAAGAUCAUGAUGAAGGUGCUCAACGGUACGCUCCUCUUCGAGCCAACGAUGCACCCAAAAUAGUGGAGCCAACUAACGAAGCACUGGUCUUAGAAGACAGCACGACCAUCACUAAGAGUCCGUCUUCCAGUAAAGUCCAAUUCAACGAAACUCGCGAUUCAGUAUCGUCUCAAAACUCACUGACACCCCAGUUCUCAUCACAAGAUUCCACAGACAGGCAGUCAGUGUUCAUUGGUGGCAGACACCAACGCCGUCUUUCGAGGACGGCCAUUGACAGGCUUGGUCUAAUGCGACAAUCCACUGUUCCGACACGUGACACCUUCACUGUCCAAUCGGUGGAAUCAGAUGUUGUCUCAGAACCAAUUCUCACUCGAGGCAGCAGCGUCUCACAGAUGGAAGACACUGUCAGUAACCUGCUUCCUGCAAAACAACCUGUUGAACGAAGCGCAUCUGUAGCAGUUGGUGGAGGGAUGAGACGAAAGGCUACCAUCAACACCAGCGAGUGCAGUCUCUAUCCACCAGGUGGAGCGCUAAGACCCCACCUAGGGCUCACUAGGGGUGAAUACACUAGUAUCACUGAUGACAUUGAGAACUUUUCAAUGUCCCGAUACAGUAGACAAAGAGCUACAUCUCCCCUGACCCAUACCUUUGGUCCUUCAUUUGCUAAUUCUUUCUCACGGCAGAGUAGUGCCGAGUACCAAACCUUGUUGUCUGUCGAGUCUGAGAUCUUGCACGGUGCCGAAGAGCAAGAUUAUCACAUGAUGGAAGGCCUCAUCAAAAGACGGCUGCAUCGAGAUUCAGAGAACUUAACAGUCAGUCUUGAGGAGCUUUGCAGCGUGAAGGGGUCUGAUUCAGAGACUGAAGACAACGAACGGCGAGAAUUCUGUUCUGUAAAGUAUGAGGAUAUUCCAGGGGGUAUCAGCCCAUCCCCGUCUGCUCCCAAUGUAACCAUAGAUCCUGCUAGUGAUUCCUCGCCCGAUGAAUCACCUAUGCCCAAAUCUCAAUCUGUUAACUCAAUACAGACACUCAAAUUUCAAAUCAAGGGUACAGAGACCAGUUGCUGA